GUGCGCAUAUAAAACACAAUGUAUUAUCCUAGUCUGUCAGCACGAGCCUUGAUUGAUAAGGGAAAUUGAGUAAUUGGCCUUAUCGACACAUAUAGUGCUUCACGUACCUAGACUGUGCACGGAGCCUGUGGAGGGGUCCAUUUGAGUCACCCCGCGCCCACUCAAUAUAAUUCCGACAACAGCAGAUAAUCUGCGCAACACCCCCAAAAGACGUCUGCACACCAAUUGCCGCCACCAUGGCCCAGCCUACCUACUACAUCGACGAGGAUGUCGGUCAGGAUAUCGCAGAACAGACGGGCGACGAGUCAUCGCCCUACAAGUCCCUCGGGUACGCUGUCCUGACUCGCGGCGAGACUCCCAAGUUCCUUACCCGGAAGAGUGUUACUGGAGAAGUUGCAGAGGGUGCAGAUGCAUCCUCGAGGUUAGAGUGGAAGGAGGUUGCCAAGUCGGCUAUGAAGAAGGCGGUCAACUAUGCAAAGGCGCAGAAGAAGAAGGCCGAGAAGGAACAGGGACAGCUUGCACAGCGCUUGAAGGAGGAGGCAGACCGCAACAAGGUCCUUGACGAGGCCAAGAAGGUCGUCAUAGAAGAGGACAAAAGUCUCCCAGAGGCGAUCAAGAUCAAGCUCGACGACACCGACCCAAAGAAGAUCACGCUAGGAGACGGCAAGGAUACAAAGGGUACACGAGUACGAGUGUUUGGUCGCGUCCACCGUGAGCGAAGACAAAAGGAUGUCAUGUUCGUCACCUUAAGAGAUGGUUACGGCUACAUGCAGGUCAUUUUCACUGGUAACCUUGCAAAGACCUACGAUGCCCUUACCUUGACCCGCGAAACCAGCAUGGAGAUUCUUGGAGAGUUGAGGCAAAUCCCCGCUGGUGCCCACGCUCCCAACAACCGCGAACUGCACGCCGACUACUACAAAAUUCAUGAUGGCUGGAAGGCAGCUGGUGGCGACGAUGCCAUUACCAACAGGGUAUCAAAGGACACUGAGCACGCGACCUUGCUGGAUCUGCGACAUCUCACUCUACGUGGAGAGACUGCAUCCAAGGUCAUGAUCGUCCGUGAUGCCGUUGAGUUUGCAUUCAACCAGGUCUACAAAGAACUCCGACUACGCAAGGUCAGCCCGCCAGCGCUUGUCCAAACUCAGGUCGAGGGCGGUGCCACGCUCUUCAAGUUCGGCUACUACAACGAGGAGGCCUACCUUACACAGUCUUCUCAGCUAUAUCUUGAGACAUGUUUGCCAUCAAUGGGAGACGUAUACUGCAUCGAAAAGUCCUUCCGUGCUGAAAAGUCAUUGACCCGUCGUCAUUUGGCCGAGUACACACAUAUUGAGGCCGAACUCGACUACAUCAACUUUGACGACCUGCUCACCCAUCUCGAGGAGGUUAUGUGCCGUGUUCUGGACGUCACAAUGGCUGAUCCCGUCGUCAAUCAAUACAUCAUGGACCUCAACCCCGAGUUCAAGGUUCCCGAGCGCCCAUUCAAGCGCAUGAAGUACCAAGAAGCCAUCGAUUGGCUCGUUGAGCACAACAUCCCCAACGAAGAUGGCGAGCCCCACAAGUUUGGCGACGAUAUUGCCGAAGCUGCAGAGCGUAGGAUGACAGAUAUCAUCAACAGACCCAUCUUCCUCACACAUUUCCCUACUGAGAUCAAGGCCUUCUACAUGCUGAAGGACAAGGAAGACCCAAGGGUAACAGAGAGUGUGGAUUGCCUGAUGCCCGGUGUUGGUGAGAUUGUCGGAGGCAGCAUGAGGAUGGACAACUACGAUGAGUUGAUGGCUGCGUUCGCCAGGGAGCAGAUUGAUCCUGCGGCAUACUACUGGUACACUGACCAGAGGAAGUACGGCUCUUCUCCCCACGGUGGCUACGGUCUCGGUCUCGAGCGCUUCCUCGCCUGGCUAUGCAAGCAGCACACUGUGCGCGACUGCUGCCUGUACCCACGCUACUUCGGCCGCUGCAAGCCUUAAGCCAUCUUUUGUUAUCAAGUUUUUCUCUCUCUUUCCAUUGAACUUCUUACGUACCUGCCUGAUUCCUAUGCCAAGAAUUUUAGGGUCCCAGUCAAAAAGGGUCGAGUGGUGUGAUUUGAUUUGCAGCAAUCCCAAGCUUUCUGUUGCCUUUUCUUGCUAGCAAAGCCCUUGUCUCACUUCACACUAGGCAGCUGCGGUGGACGAAUCAUAUAGUUGAAUUAUAGCACCCA